CGCAAUUAUUCUCAUAAAAUACUUAUGCAUAUGAACAUUAUAAUUAGUGAUGGGCAUUUCACAAUAGUUUGAACUAUCGAAUAGUAUUCCAAUUAUUUUUAUACAACUGAAUAGUGUGUUUUAAGCAUAAACUAUUCGAUAGUUUUAAAAAAUAUUCGAAUGGGCUAGCGAGUGGUUUCAAAAAAUAAUCGAUUAGUUCUAACUAAAAUUUUUAUUAAGUACACUUAAUUAUAAUAAGAAGAUAAUGAAUACUUAACAUAAAUUAUUAUACAAUUAAUAAUAGUAAAAAGUACCAUUUUAUUCAUUUUUAGUUUGUGAGUCUUUGGUAAAAACUGAUAAAAAUGGGUCGAAAAUUAAAAAGUAGUUCUUUAUUUCGAUGACUAAAGAUAUAUUUUCUGUUUUAAUCGGAAAGGUUUGUUCUAUGUGCAACAGAAGUAUUCGUAAAUACUAAAGUCUUAUUUUACACUUUAUACCUUGUAUACUGUUCUUAGUUUAGCAUUACCUCCUCUUUUGUCUUGUAAAGGCAUAACACCGAUAAAGAGGACAGCGCAUUUAAAAUUUUUAUGAUUGUAAAAGUGGUGGCAACAAUAAAUACUGUUCCUCUUUAAAAAUCAUAUAAACUAUUUUUAUUAGUUGGUUAAUUAUUGAACAUUUUAAAAAUGUUGUUGUACCAAACAGUUUAGUGUAAAAUUUAUUUUCUCUAUAAAAUGAACAAAAAAAAUAGAUCGAACGUAUGGAAUUUUGUGGAUAAGGAUCCCAACUUUUCUAAUCAAGUUAUAUGUAAAUUCUGUAAAUUUAAAAUAAAAUAUGCUAAUAAUACAUCAAAUGUUUGGGAUCAUUUACGCCGUAAACAUAUUACAGCGUUGGAAGCAAAUAGAUUAUCGUCUCAAAAUGAAGAACGGAAUGAUAUUAAUGUUUCUAACAAACAGUCAUCGCCCUCAACAAGUUCUUUAACUAUGAAUGUAAAUAUGCGUGAACAAAUAACUAAACAAACCUAAGGAACUCAACAAAGAAGAUCAAAACAAUGAAUACUAACAAAUAGGUAAUAGUGUUAUUUAUACAAGUUAUUAUGUAAAAUUACUUUUAAGUAAAAGGUAAAAAAAUUAUAUUGAUUUAUAGGUUCAGCUUAUCAUCAAAGAGCAAAGUUGAUGAAUUUAAUAAAGCUGUUAUCAAAAUGAUUGCAGAAGACACGCCCGUUAUCGAUUGUAGAAAAUAGUUAAUACUAAAAUGGCCAACAAGGCAUCUCUGAACAAAAUAGAUAAAAUAUAAUAUAAUAAUUAUAAACAAAUAAAAACUUAACUGUGUAACGUACAAUAGAUGAAAGAUGACUGAUGACGGUGAGAAAUAAACAGUUGGAAUACUUUACAUUAAAAUGUUGAAGACUACAAGGGUAGUCGAUACAAACGGAGGCACUUGUUAUGUACACGAAGGGCACACAAUGGCAUAGACUGGUAUAGCAAUUCUAUACCCACGACGAAUCACCAGGGUGGUUAAUCCAUUAAAGCGACUAUGAGCUAGGUGCACCAUAGAACCACGUAGAAAGGGCUAGCAAUGGUGGCGAGAGCGCAAAAUUCACAAAAGGGACCGAUAAUAGUCGGCGAGACACAAUAAUCACGUACACUCGCAUCUAACAUAAUGAAUCGCUCACACAACCGGUGGUGGUAGCGCGAGACACGUUAUCAGUCAUAAAAAUAAGAUGUAGCAAAACUCCCUCUCAUAAUGCGUAUCCAAUAAUAGCAACAACACUCAUACCUAAACUUUAUAACUCUACACCUGAAAUGGUUCAAUCUAUGUUAUCAUCUACAAAAUAUGUCACGCUUACUUCAGAUAUUUA